AUGAAAAUCAUACAGCUGUUCUCUAACCCAUCCCUGGCAGGAUCAUUUGCCCUACAACACCUUCAUCCAAGGUUGGGCCCCAAUGGAACUAGAUGGAUAGGUGUUCAAGGAAAGAGCCUGGCAUUUCAAAGGGGUACAUGGCAACUGCUCAGAUGCCUGGGAUGGAAGCAGCAGUGUGGGAUGCUGAGACUACUCAGUUCCUCCCUUCACAAACUCAAUUCAAAUGACUGGACCCAGAAAAGUGUAAAAAGCUCUCCAGAGCUCAGUAAAUCAUGUUCUCUGUCCCAACUGGAAACAAAUGGAAAUGAAGAAGAGAACUUUGGAACCCUGUCCGACAAAUAUUCAUCCAGAAAAGUAUUUCACAAAACCACAGCAGACUUUCACAACUUAAGGUUUCAAGAAUAUGAGGAUGAGGAAGAUAAGAUACUGCAAAAGCCUUGGAAGGGCCGGCACAACACUCCUCAUUGGUAUUUCUAUCAAUGCAAGAGGUUGAUAAAGGAGAACAAGUUGGCCGAGGCCCUGGAUCUGUUUGAGAGGCAGAUGCUAAAGGAGGAACGCCUCCAACCCAUUGAGUGUAACUAUACAGUGCUGAUUGGAGGCUGCGGUCGGGCAGGUUACCUGAAGAAAGCCUUUCAGCUGUACAAUGAUAUGAAGAAACGGGAUCUAGAGCCCUCUGAAGCCACUUAUACAGCCCUGUUCAAUGCCUGUGCCCAGUCACCCUGGAAGGAUUCUGCCCUACAGAGUGUCCUAAAGCUUCAGCAACAACUCCGGGAAAAAAACAUCCAACUGAAUUUGAAAUCUUAUCAUGCGCUACUGAAAGCAGCUGCCCUCUGUGCUGAUACCAGGAUGUGUUUCGAGGUCUUCAAGGAAAUUGUCCUCAAAGGUCAUGCUGUCACUGAAGAGACUUUCAAUUUCCUACUUAUGGGCUGCAUAACAGACAAGAAGACAGGCUUCAGAUAUGCCUUGCAGGUUUGGCGACGGAUGUUGAAAAUGGGGAUUAAGCCCAAUGCUCACAGUUACAAUCUGAUGCUGUGUGCAGCUCGGGAUUGUGAUCUAGGGGACCCCAGAGUGGCUUCAGAUUUGCUUCUGAGACCUGAAGAGGAGCCAGCCCUGCUCCAACUGAUGGCAGGCAAGCAGCACCGAAGGAAACAAACACAGGAACAGAAGGCCACCUCAGUCAAGCUGCAUGUGGACUCGCUGGAGAAGCAGCUAUUCCAGGGAAUUUCCAGGGAGGCCCAGGAUCCCCUGGACCUCCAGAAAGCCAGAGAGACCAAUGAGGUUCAACCCGAGCUGGAAGAUGACAAAGGAGGAUUUGACUCCUAUCCUGCUAACUCCCUGGUGGUACUAAACCAAAGUCUGAGUAGUCCAGAGCCCAUGAAAGCCAAUGUUGCUGGAUCUUUAGAACCUGUUUGCCCCCUGCCAAACUUGCUGGAUCUCACAGUAUCUCACCUGAAUGUGAUUUCUUUAGGGACUGUUACUACUCCAGCCGACAGAUUGGCUUUAAUGGGUGAGAUGGAAGGCUUCCUGAGUAAAAUGAAGGAGGACCAUCUAGUGCCUAAUAUCAAAACUCUGACGAUGUUGGCUGAGAUUGUCAGACCAAACAGUGCAUCGGAGUCUUCAUUGUUGGCCAUUCUUGAUGAGCACAAAGUGGAAGCUGAUAUUACAUUUUUCAACACAUUGGUGAAGAAGAAGAGCAAAUUAGGAGACCUACAAGGAGCAAAGGAGCUGCUUCCCAUCUUGGCAAGGAGAGGAAUCGUCCCUAACAUGCAGACGUUUUGUAACUUGGCUAUAGGCUGCCUCAAGAAAGCAUAUGGAAUUCAGCUGCUUGCAGACAUGAAGAAAUGCGGGAUGAUCCCCAACACCCACGUCUAUAGCACCCUCAUCAAUAAAGCUGUGAAGAAGCUGGACUAUGCUUAUCUCAUAGUCAUCCUUCAGGACAUGAAGAAGAACAAGGUCCCAGUGAAUGAAGUCAUAAUCCAACAGCUGGAAUUUGCAGCUACAUACCCUCCCACGUUUGACAGGUACAAAGAGAAGAAUACCUACCUGGAAAAGAUUGAUGGUUUUCGAGCUUACUACAAACAGUGGCUGAAAGUAAUGCCAGCAGAAGAAACUCCCCAUCCUUGGCAGAAAUAUAAGAUAAAACCUAAGAGUGACGAAGUUAGUGAAGAGGAGACUGAAGCAGCCAAAGGCCAGCAAGAACAGUCACUGUGAUGAUCUUCCACGGAUUAACAAUGUAGAUCAACUUUGGUACACUUUACAAAAACCCCAAAAUCCACAGUUGUUAGUUGGCCACAGAGGAAACGUAGAGAAAUAUUUUGCAGCACAGAAUCAAGGAUCUGAUAGUCUUGACACUUUGCCUAUGUCCAGUAUUAUCACUGGCCACAAUAUAAUUGAGGUCUUAUUGCAUUAGCAAUAGUACUGGGCAUUAGCAAUUAGC